CGCCAUUUGUUUGGACGCUCAAUUUUCGGUCAGUUGCAUUCGGAAAGUGCGGCAAAUGGUUGUGAGAUUGGAGGGAAAAGUGACGCGCGUUUCACCUGUGAGAAGCACGCGUACGUGAUUGCAAAGGAACAAGGAAUUACGAUACAGGAAACGUAUGCAAAAGCAUGAUGCGUGAAAAAUCAUGCAUGUCGAAUUAUCAUCGUAGACUGAAUAAUCGCCUGUCGUGCACAUAAAACUCGUGUUAUUUACGGUCGUGAAGCUUUAAGAAUCGAUUGUUAAUUAUAAAGGGGAAACGAAAACGAAAGAGCACAAUGUCCCUGAGCGCGAGCGCGGAGAAUUUAUCGUCGGAAGGACAAAAUAGUGAAAGGUGGAAUAUGUGCCUUGAACUGGCUCUGGAGGGUGAGCGUCUAUGCAAGGCUGGAGAUUGUAAGUCGGGGGUGGCAUUCUUUCAAGCUGCAAUUCAAGCUGGCACAGAUGAUUUAAGAAUAUUAAGUGCAAUCUACAGCCAAUUAGGGAAUGCUUACUUUUAUCUUGGGGACUACGUGAAAGCAAUGCAGUAUCAUAAAUUAGACUUGACACUUGCGCGCAACAUGGGAGAUAAAUUAGGAGAAGCUAAAUCUAGUGGAAACUUGGGAAAUACAUUGAAAGUAAUGGGCAAAUUUGACGAAGCUAUGAUCUGCUGUAAAAGACACUUGGAGAUUUCAAGAGAAAUUGGAGACAAGCUAAGUGAAGGAAGAGCUUUAUACAAUUUAGGGAAUGUUUAUCAUGCUAAAGGCAAACAAGCCGGCAGAGUAGGUCAUCAAGAUCCUGGAGAAUUUUCUGAGGAUGUCAGACAAUGUUUACAACAAGCUGUACACUAUUAUGAAGAAAACUUAGAAUUGAUGAAGGAAUUGGAAGAUUCUGCUGCUCAGGGUAGAGCUUGUGGAAAUUUAGGGAAUACAUUUUACCUGCUUGGUGAUUUUCAACAAGCAAUUUAUUAUCACAAUGAAAGACUAAAAAUUGCCAGGGAAUUUGGUGAUAAAGCAGCUGAAAGGAGAGCAAACAGUAAUUUAGGAAAUUCACAUAUAUUUCUUGGUGAAUUUGAGAAGGCUGCACAACAUUAUAAGAGAACUCUAGUCCUUGCACAAGAGUUAGGUGAUAGAGAAGUAGAAGCACAAGCAUGCUAUUCCCUAGGAAAUACAUAUACUCUAUUGAGAGAUUAUCCAACCGCGAUAGAGUACCACUUGUGGCAUCUUGAAAUAGCACAACAGCUUAAGGAUCGUGUAGGUGAAGGCCGUGCUUGUUGGUCUUUGGGCAAUGCAUAUGCUGCAAUGGGUAACCAUGAGAAAGCGCUACAUUAUGCCAAUCUGCAUCUGAACAUUUCCAAAGAAUUGGAAGAUCCGAUGGGACAAGCUACUGCACAAAUGAAUGUUGAUGAUUUACAAAAAAUUCUGGGAUUGGAGAAAGGACAGCAAGAAAAUAACAAAGAAAAUAUUGCACAAAAACUAUCGACCAAUGCAGGCUCAAAUGUUAAUAUAUCUUCGCCAUGUAGAUAUAGACUUAGACGACAAAGUAUGGAUAAUCUAGAUCUCAUUAAGCUCACACCGGAUGCAAAAUUAAAAGAGCAAGCUGAAUCUCAAACAGAUAAAAGUAAUAACGCGACACCGCAACUUACUCAGAAGGAAGAAGAUAGUUUCUUUGAUCUUUUGUCUCGUUUUCAAUCUGGUAGAAUGGACGAUCAACGCUGUGCAUUGAAUAUAAAUCGCAAUUCGAAAUUUAAAACAAUAACACCUGAAAUAUGCGAAUCCGAUGAUAAAGAUGGAGAAGACUUACUAGAACUGAUUGCUGGAAUGCAGAGUAAAAGAAUGGACGAGCAACGAGUGACGCUGCCUUAUUUGCCUGGCCUAAACAGUAAUCAAGAUUCCGAUGAUUCGUUUAUUGAAAUGUUGGUUAGAUGUCAAGGUUCGCGUUUAGAAGAUCAGCGAAGUCCUUUACCAGCAGCAUCAACGGUACACGAUGCUGAAGAGGAACAUAACCAAAGAUCUAAUGGAACUACUCAAGCAGGAUCAACUGUGCCUGAAGAGGAUCUUUUUGCUUUAAUACAAAGACUUCAGGCGGGGCGAAUGGAAGAUCAAAGAGCCUCUGGUCCUGGCAAAGCUUGUUAAAACAUUAAUAUGCAUAAUUGUGGAAAAUUUUAUGGUAAUGAAUCUGCUUAAAAUCCUACAGCUCGUUCCAUGCAAUUCCUUGUUGUCUUCUUGUCAUUUACAAAACGUUCAGUGCUUAAUUUAUGCAUUCUGCUCGCAGCCUAUGAAAUCAUUGUACAAGUGUGAUUCAGACGUUAGGAAAUUGCAAGGUACUAUUAUACCGUCCGCUAACAUUGGUUCUCUACCUUAAACUUAGAACAGCGUAACGAUAUGAUACACUGCGACUAUAUACAACAUACAUACUGAUUUUACUGAACUGAAUACGCCUUUUUUUAAACUGCUUGAGUAUUCAUAGUGUAGUGCCAAAUUCUAAAUGAGCCUAUGUUGUUCGUGUAACCAAUCAGAAAAUGUUGCACGACAUUAAAUAGAAAAUAAUUUUAUAGUAAUAUUUUUGAAGUACAAGAUUAUUUCUUUCAUAGCGGCAAUUAGAAGCUAAUUGAAUAAUUCACAGUAAAAAAGAAAAGAAAAAAUUGAUGACAUUAUGAACACUGCCAGGUUGAGGGUAUGAAUCAUGCAAAUAUUUCUUCAAAGAACUUAAAAUGUUAGUCACGAGCACGGAACGAUAAAGAUUUGUCAACCCUGGCAUUAUUUUUUUUAUAUCCGGUAUUGUAUAAUUUAUUUAAUCAUUGACUAUUUUCGGGAAUCGCAAAGUAGGAUGUGAUGAAAUUGGUGCCAAAAACAAUUGAUCCGUUGAAAUCUAAAUAUAAAAUAUAAAAAAAGAAAAGACGAAAUUGUUGACCCUCGUUGUUUAUCUAUUUUUCUGUAUUUACUGUUUUCCCUAUUGUACAUUGAUGAAUGUAUAUGAAUUAAUUGACGCUCGCAAUACGUACAAUUAUAAUAAGUUGUAAUUAAUAUUACUACUUCUAUUAAUUAUGAUAUUGUAACCAGCUUCCGUCGUUCAUGUAAACUCUGGACAUUCCAAGUAGACAGAAUGUUAAUGUAUCUCUGGAUAGACUGGAUCGAACAUGAUCGACCAUAAUUCUAAUAGUACCUAAC